AUGGUCACUAAUCUCAUGGUCACCAAUCUCAUGGUCACCAAUCUCAUGGUCACCAAUCUCAUGGUCACCAAUCUCAUGGUCACCAAUCUCAUGGUCACCAAUCUCAUGGUCACCAAUCUCAUGGUCACCAAUCUCAUGGUCACCAAUCUCAUGGUCACCAAUCUCAUGGUCACCAAUCUCAUGGUCACCAAUCUCAUGGUCACCAAUCUCAUGGUCACCAAUCUCAUGGUCACCAAUCUCAUGGUCACCAAUCUCAUGGUCACCAAUCUCCUGGUCACCAAUCUCAUGGUCACCAAUCUCAUGGUCACCAAUCUCAUGGUCACCAAUCUCAUGGUCACCAAUCUCAUGGUCACCAAUCUCAUGGUCACCAAUCUCAUGGUCACCAAUCUCAUGGUCACCAAUCUCAUGGUCACCAAUCUCAUGGUCACCAAUCUCAUGGUCACCAAUCUCAUGGUCACCAAUCUCAUGGUCACCAAUCUCAUGGUCACCAAUCUCAUGGUCACCAAUCUCAUGGUCACCAAUCUCAUGGUCACCAAUCUCAUGGUCACCAAUCUCAUGGUCACCAAUCUCAUGGUCACCAAUCUCAUGGUCACCAAUCUCAUGGUCACCAAUCUCAUGGUCACCAAUCUCAUGGUCACCAAUCUCAUGGUCACCAAUCUCAUGGUCACCAAUCUCAUGGUCACCAAUCUCAUGGUCACCAAUCUCAUGGUCACCAAUCUCAUGGUCACCAAUCUCAUGGUCACCAAUCUCAUGGUCACCAAUCUCAUGGUCACCAAUCUCAUGGUCACCAAUCUCAUGGUCACCAAUCUCAUGGUCACCAAUCUCAUGGUCACCAAUCUCCUGGUCACCAAUCUCAUGGUCACCAAUCUCAUGGUCACCAAUCUCAUGGUCACCAAUCUCAUGGUCACCAAUCUCAUGGUCACCAAUCUCAUGGUCACCAAUCUCAUGGUCACCAAUCUCAUGGUCACCAAUCUCAUGGCCACCAAUCUCAUGGUCACCAAUCUCAUGGUCACCAAUCUCAUGGUCACCAAUCUCCUGGUCACCAAUCUCAUGGUCACCAAUCUCAUGGUCACCAAUCUCAUGGUCACCAAUCUCAUGGUCACCAAUCUCAUGGUCACCAAUCUCAUGGUCACCAAUCUCAUGGUCACCAAUCUCAUGGCCACCAAUCUCAUGGUCACCAAUCUCAUGGUCACCAAUCUCAUGGUCACCAAUCUCAUGGUCACCAAUCUCAUGGUCACCAAUCUCAUGGCCACCAAUCUCAUGGUCACCAAUCUCAUGGUCACCAAUCUCCUGGUCACCAAUCUCCUGGUCACCAAUCUCAUGGUCACCAAUCUCAUGGUCACCAAUCUCAUGGUCACCAAUCUCAUGGUCACCAAUCUCAUGGUCACCAAUCUCAUGGCCACCAAUCUCAUGGUCACCAAUCUCAUGGUCACCAAUCUCAUGGUCACCAAUCUCCUGGUCACCAAUCUCAUGGUCACCAAUCUCAUCUCAUGCGUCACCAAUCUCAUGGUCACCAAUCUCAUGGUCACCAAUCUCAUGGUCACCAAUCUCAUGUGGAGCUGCCCCUUCACCUGCCCCCCAACCUACCUCCACACCUGCUAA